CUGCUGAUGCCUCGUUCCCGUCCUCACGCUCCCAGGUUCACCGAACCUGGACGCCUUCCCGGUCCUCGCCCCCACCCAUAAAUACGCUCUGUUCUUGCUCAGCGAUCAAGCAAUCACCGCAGCUCAGAACAGAAGCUAUAUCAAGCUAUACUACUGCUACUUCGCCUAGUCAACCCGGAAUCGAGGUUUUUUUCCAUCUCGACAAUGGCGCCGUCCAUCUCCAUCGGCGUCGCGACGCCGUCUUCCUCGUCCGGCGCGGGGAGGAAGAGCCGCGGGGUCGUGGCGGCCGUGGAGGUGGAGGAGGCGGAGCUCCUGCGGCGGCGGAACGCGGAGCUGGAGCGGGAGGUGGCGGCGCUGCGGGCGGAGCUGGGCGCGGCGCGGCGGCGCGCGGACACGGCGGAGGAGGCCGAGGAGCGGCUGUGCGCGCAGCUGGGCGACGCCGAGGUGGAGGCUGUCGAGAUCGCGCGGGAAUACCAGGCCCGCGUCGAGGACCUCGCCAGGGAGCUCGCCGCCGCGCGCCGAGCCGCCGUCGCCGCGGCCAGAUCGUCCUAGUCCUAGCUAGCACCCCGCGGCGAGGUGGCGAGGUCGUCCAUCCAUCAAGCGCAUCUGGCGAUGCCAUUGAUUGGCUUCUCUUGGAUUCGCUGUAGAUUCUAUAGCAAACAGAGCAGAGGCACGGCGCCUCAUGUGCUGUAGAGAUCAAAUGUAUAGAGUUCAUGGAGGCAGAUAAUGAAAAUCAAACGGGACUGGAUUUAGCUA